AUGACCCAUCAGACCACAACAGACCCUCGUGGAAAUUUGCACGGUGCUGGCAGCCCACUUCCUACCCCAGCCGACAGCACAACCCGUCCCAGUCAGUACAUCCGUGUCGUCUACCAGGACUACCGCGGAUGGUACUGGUAUACCCAGCCAGAGGUCGAUGCCGUCCAGUCCGUAUGGGACGCCAUGCGUCAGGUGCGCCAAGUCCAAGCCUCCUGCGAUGCAGCACGGAGGCCAUGGCGCUUUCUGUCUACGCUUCUGCGGAAGCAUGUCGUAGAGAUGGCGAGGGUCUCGACGACUCGACUCGACGAUGUUAUCGAGGGACAGCACCCUUCUCGGAGGGUCGAGCUGUCCGCCACACACCGCGAGGCCUGCCCGGGGCUCACGGCCAUGUUCAACGACCACCAGGUCAUGGGAUCUGAAGUCAUCUUUGCGCAGUCCUUCCCCAGCCUGAUCACUGGCUCGCAGAACGGCCAAGUCCUUGUGGUAUCAUAUAAGCUGAGAAAAAGCAUGGUUAUCAGGCUUGUUGUUCUGUGGCUUGCGUUGUCGGGGUUGAUUGGUGUUGCUAUCGGAAAGGUCACCUCGAGUGUACCGGCGGGCUUCAGUGCAUUUGGAGGCUUGAUGCUAGUCGUGACGGUCCCUUUGAGCGUCAUUUUCUGGAUUUCUGGGUAA